UCUGACUUAAACACCUUCUCCAACUACAAAAGCACACACAUUACUUCCAGUGUUCUAGUGGAUCCAGAUUCAAAUGUGUCCAACUCCAACACCAUUCUUAUUGGUGUGCAAUUCAUUGAUAUGCACGACUCCAGCACCAACAUCAACAAUAAUAACUCCAGUCAGAGCCAGGGAAACAACGAAUCUACUCCACCUAUUUAUUUUUUUAUUUCCAAGUUUUCCAAGGUCAAUGAUAUAAUACUGAUGUUUUUGAAAAUAACCAACAAAAAGAUCAAAGAUUUAGACAAUUUCAGCAUCACCAACAUUCACAAUGAGCAUUUUGACAAGCAGCAUUUGCUAUCCUACUAUGGUGUAAGAUAUAUGGAUAUUUUCAAGAUUUUCUCCAAGACUGAAAUUUACAACAAUAAUAACCAGAAGAACUCCUCCCUGAUUUCUUCUUUUCUUCUUUUUAAUAAAGAGGUGGAGAUCAAGAAUCUAGAAAAAAAUAUAUCAGCUUUGAAAUCAAACUAUGAUACUCUAAACUCUUCGUAUACUGAUUUAAAGCAAAAAUAUAAAUCCUUGGAAACAGAAAAAUCAAAUUUACAUGAUAGUUAUAAUCUUGUGAAUAAUAAUUAUAAUGUUUUGAAAACAAAUUUUAAUGAUUUGAAUAAAACUUAUAAUACUUUAAAUUCCGAUUAUAAUACUCUAAAGUCCACUUACACCACUUUGGAUAAUGAUCAUACUUUAUUAAAUAGUAACUAUAAUGCUUUCAAAAUUUCAAAUGAAAGUAUAAAGGCUUCACAGGCUAUUAUUUCUAAAAAUUUUAGCAAUAUAUCAAAAGAAAAUAAGGCAUUACAGCUUCAAAUUUCAAAAUUAGAGAAAUCAAAUGAGGAAUCUCAAAAAAAAAUUGACUCUCUAAAUUCUCAAAUUUCAACUGCAAUGUCAACAAUUUCAAAUUUCAAAUUUGAAGUUACAUCACUAACAAAUGAAUCAACCUCAAAAUCUUACCAAAUCACCAAAAUCAAUAAAACAAUAGAAGAUUUAAAUAAAAAAUUAUUAACAAAAACAACUCAAUUAUCUAUUAAAACAAAAGAUCUGAUAGCCUUGAAAAAUAAAGUCAAUAAGCUAACUAAAGCUUUGUCUGAUUCAAAUGCUGAAAACCUAUUAUCUGCUAAUAAAUAUAAAGAUCUUAAUGACGAAUUAACCUACCAGAAUUUAGUCAUUUUUAUUUUAAAUAACCAAUUAUCUGUAUUUUUUAAUAUAAUUUCAAACGAAUAUUUUGAACCUGACUUUCAAAAAUUACUUGCAACUUAUGACAAAUCAUUAUUUUCAAAAAUUGAUUUAUUGCUAAAUUCAAAUUUAGCACCCUACUACAAAAAUAACAAUUCCAAAAUUUCCAUUUUGAGACAAUUAAAAGAAAUUCAAAUUGAUCAUAUUCAAACUCUAGAUUCUGAAUUCAAAAUAAAAGUCCUGAAUUUAUUACCUUUGAUUGAAGCUUUUAAAGAUAAAUAUUCAAAAUAUUCAGAAAUAUCCAAAAGAAUUUCAAGCGUACAUGAAGUUUUGUCAAUUUCAAAUGAUUCACUCAUAGCUAGAGAACAUGUCAUCACAAAGAUCAUUGAAAAAUUAAAAUUACCAAACCUUUCUAUAAAAAAUAACCCUCUUGAUGAUAUUGAAAGUAAAGUUAUUGAAAAAAUUGAUCUGUUUACAUCUUUUGAAACUGAAAUUAUAAAUCUUAAAAAAGAUAACAUAAUUUUAAGUUCUGGUAUCAAUCUAAUGAAUAACACUAUUAAGAAUUUAAGAAAUGAUAAUACCAUUUUACACGAGGAAGUAAAUAAACAAAAAGACAUCUCUAAAAAAUAUGAUAAUUUUUACUUUGAGUUAUUAGCUAAAUUUCAAAUUCCUCAUGCAGAUAUAUACGACAAAAAAAUUUUGCUAAAUCAAGAUAUUUUUGAUAGGUUAAAAAAAUCAAUUGAAGCAAAAAUUGAUAUUCACAUAGAUUCAGUAAUAAAAAGUCCUAUUAGACUGGAAUUGAGUAAUUUACAAAAAAAUUAUGAUUUACUUUUAAGUCAGAAGAAAGAAAUAAAUGAUACCACUUUAAAUUUACAAAAUAAGUUAUUUUAUUUGCAAGCUCUACAUGAUAUACUAAAUGAAGAAAAUGAUCGGAGACUUAAGGACUUGAAUACUCAAAUUCUAAAUUUAAAAAUACAGAAAGAGGAAUAUGAAAAUAAAAUAAAGUCACUAAAUGAAGAAAUCAAAUUAUCCAUGAAUCAUAAAAAUAAUGCAAUUGAAAAACUUCGUGAUAUUCAAACAAAAUUUGAUGAAAUCUCAAGACAAAGUUCAAUUAUGAAAAAUAACGAGUCUGAAAUAAUAAGUAACUGGAAGAAAAAUUAUGAUACUUUACAAAAAGAAAAUAAAAUUUUGCUGGCAGAAAAUGGAAAUUUGAAACUUUCAAAAUCCCAAAGAAUUAUUAAUUUAAAACUUAAAGUCGAGGAAACAGGAAAAUUACUACAUAAAGCUAAAGAGGAGAAUACAGAAUUAAAAGAGCAACUUAUAAAUAUUUCAACAAUUACAAAAACUCAAUACAAUGAAUUACAAAGAAAAUACAAUGAGAUUUUUGAAGAAAGUUUAGAAAUAGCUAAUAGAAAAUCUCAAAAGGUACUUUACAUCAAGAAAAAAUACAACAAUUUAAAAAAAAAAUAUGAUGAUGUGCUCGUUGAGACUAACAUCCUUAAAAAUGGCAACUUAGCGAGAUUAUUGAAACUCAAAGGUACCUGUGAGCAGCUUCGUGAAAAGUUAAGAAGCAUCACGCAGGAAAAAGAAAAUAUACUACUAAAAUUGUUAAAUUACAAAAAUGCCCAUGAAUCUUUUUAUGGCGAAAAUUCGCUUGCAUCUAGAACUGAAGAUCUUUCUACUGAUAGUGCUCACAUUGCUAAAAAGAGAAGAGCAUCCAAGUUAUCAUGACCUAAGCCAACUACUUUUUUACUACAACCCUCACAAAUCAAUUAAUAUCAUACGUAACCCAAGAAUCACUAUUAAUCUUUAGAUUAAGAUUUUAUCUGUUUUCCAGACCCCAUAUAUUAAAUAAAAUAUUAUCUGUGAAAAUUUUGAUGUUGAAUCUUUUUUGAAAACUCAAAGGAUUUGAUUCUUGAUUAAUUCAGCAAUCUAAUUCGAAUAAUUGUUGAAUGAAAAUAUAGGAAGCCUAUUUUUUGUUA